AGCUAGUGCUAAAAUCAAGUGCAAUUAGAAAGAAGUAGGAUAAUGGCAAAGGUUUCUCUGUUUGUGGUGUGUGUGGUUUGUAUUCUAGCAGUGGCCUCUGCUCAGAGUGCGACCAAUGUGAGAGCUACAUAUCACUUGUACCAACCUGAGCAGCAUAACUGGGACUUACUGGCAGUGAGUGCAUAUUGCGCCACUUGGGAUGCUAACAAGUCCUUAGCAUGGCGCAGCAAAUACGGUUGGACAGCUUUUUGUGGACCCUCUGGACCUCAGGGCCAACAAGCUUGUGGCAAAUGCUUGAGGGUGACAAACACUCGAACAAACGCACAACAAACGGUGAGAAUAGUUGAUCAGUGCAGCAACGGGGGGUUGGAUUUGGAUAUUACUCCGUUCCAAAAGCUGGAUACCGAUGGGAACGGGAAUGCUCAAGGCCAUCUAAUUGUCAACUAUGACUUUGUAGACUGUGGUGACUAAGUAGUUCCAUUAGUUUCUGGCUACUACUUAUACUACAAUAACCUUUUCCAUGCUUUUUCUCUACUCAUGUCAUAAAUGGAAUUGAAUAAACAAAGCCAUACAAGUGCUUUAUUACUCGAUAACAACAAAUAAAUAAAGGGAUGUCAUUAAGUUGCUCUGGAUUUGAAAGGAGCAAUGAAUAGUAUUAUCAUGUAA